AUGAUGCCCAGGUCUGUUUUAUCCAGGUGCGCGCUCUUGGCACAGCAGGUGCCUUUGGAAUGCGCGCUGUCCAGCAAACACUGCGUCCAGCGCGGGAUGUCUUCCGUCACCAUCCCGCCACCCGCCUGCAUGCUCCGGCCGCUCGAGGCACCUUUUCGAUACCUUUUUGGGCCAGGUCCCUCUAAUGUGCCGCCUCGUGUCUUAGCGGCAGGGGGGAGACCUAUCAUAGGUCAUAUGCACACAGAAAUGUUUGGGAUUAUGGAUGACAUCAAGAAGGGAAUCCAGUACGCCUUUCAGACAAGUAAUAACAUGACGCUGGCUAUGAGUGGCUCUGGUCACACCGCUAUGGAGUGCGCAUUGUUCAACGUUGUGGAGGCCGGAGAGAAUGUGCUCGUUGCCGUCAAUGGAAUCUGGGGAGAACGAGUGGCAGAAAUUGCUGAACGAAUGGGUGCAAAGGUUCACACCUUGAGAAAAGCACCUGGAGGACAUUUUACAAAUGCAGAAAUUGAUCAGGCUUUGGCUAAACAUAAGCCAGUUCUCUUCUUCCUCACACAUGGAGAGUCUUCAUCUGGUCUGGUGCACCCAGUUGACGGUGUCGGAGAUUUGUGUCACAAACACAACUGUUUGCUCUUAGUGGAUUCAGUGGCAUCAUUGGGAGCUGCCCCACUUUUAAUGGGCCAACAAAAUAUUGAUAUCUUGUAUACUGGAUCCCAAAAAGCCUUGAAUGCUCCUCCUGGCACAGCACCUAUUUCAUUCAGUGAAAGAGCAUGUCAUAAGAUGUUCAACAGGAAAACAAAACCAGUGUCCUACCUGCUGGAUAUGACCCACUUGUCUAAUUACUGGGGUAAUGAUGGCAAGCCAGACAGAAUAUACCAUCACACAGGACCUGUGUCUGGAUUCUUUGCCUUGAGGGAAAGUCUGGCCAUCCUUGCUGAAAUGGGCCUUGAAAACUCAUGGAAACAUCACAAAGAAGUCGCACAGUAUCUUUGGAAGGGUUUAGAAGACCUGGGGUUGAACCUGUUUAUCAAAGACAAGGAUUUAAGAUUACCAUCCGUUACCACUAUUGCGAUUCCUGAGGGUUAUAACUGGAAGGACAUGCUGGCUUACAUCAUGAAGCAUCACCAGAUAGAGUUUACAGGAGGUCUAGGGCCCUCGGUUGGCAUGGUGAUGCGCAUCGGUCUCAUGGGAUACAACUGUAACAAAGCCAAUGCUGCAAUGGCUCUUGCGGCUCUGGAAGAUGCUUUAAGGAACUGUAAAAAGACCAAAGCUUAAAGAGGGACCACCAUGAAGUCAAUUCUACAUGCCUCACCUGGCAACUCCUUUUGUAAAAUUUAUCAACUAUGAUUCUGAUGUUCUACCACUGACUUAAACGUGAUGUGUGUGCGUUUUCCUAUGUUAAAUAUUUUCUCCUAUUUCAUACUAAUAUGCAGAGUCAUUGGUAGGAGGGUUCUAAAGUGUAAACGCUGUGACUCUGUGGUGCUAUCAUUGCUCUGUUUGUUUGAGCAUUCAACCUAGCCAAUGGCAUGAGUUUGGGGAGGGAUCUGUUUGAUUGACCAAUGAUGAACAAA